AUGAACACUGUUACAAGGUUACCUUCGCUUCGGUUUCAAGUUCUUAGACAUUUUUCAUCAGCCAAAGAAGAGGUUUAUUCAGUGAAGUAGGUUAAUAUUCAUGAUAGAUUUGUUUAACGGAUGUUUUUAAGGGAUUGGCACAUUGUGGGACUCAGAAACGGAGCAAUUGCUUGUUGGCAUCCGAAGAAAGAAGUUCCUUAUCAGCUAACGCGGCCAAUAACUAAAGAAGAGAUAGAAGAAGACAGAAAGGUACUUUACCUUGUGUUAUACAUUAUCUCUUUUUAGAAAAUCAGCGGAAUUUACAAGUUGCCUUGCGGUCCAGCUGGUCCUACAAAUUCUGAGUUGAAGGAACUUUUCCAUACCGGAAAAACAGAGUUUCAGACUAGGUAAGGUCGUUUUCAAAAGUUUUUAACUUCUUCCUUGGAGAUUGUUGUUGUUGUGAUUUCAUUAGCGAGCUAAAUAUACAUUUGAGCAAAAUUUAUAUUUUAAAUAUUAAAAUAUAUUUAAUUUACUGUUUUCAGAACACGAGAAGAUCGAUUGUACGCUACAGCGGCUCCUCUACCAAAACGAAAAUGAUUCUCAAAGCUUUGUGGUUUGGCCGUCGCCCUUACUUGGAAGGACUGGAAAUUCAGGAGAAACUCUUCCAAACUGUUCGCCAGAGCCCACAAAAAACGUUUGUUGAUUUACUUGUUAUUUGAAUAAAUCUCUUAGGAAUUACAUUUGUUUGAUUGAGCAUGAUCCCGUCUUCACUGUCGGCCUCAGAGACAAGUCUUACGGAGAAGAGGAAGAGAAACGUCUCAAGGCGUCCGGAGCUGACUUUCAAAGGUAAUUUAUCUUAUCUUGGGGCAAAUUAGCUAGCAUUAUUACUUAUUUUCCUUUGAGAUGGGUCUUUUAAAAGUUUUAAUCUUUUUAAAUUUAAUUUUUAUAAUAAAAUUUUGGGAUUCAGCGGCAAGCUUUAUCUGAAGAGACUUAAACAAUAUUUAUAUUAAAGUUACUUUUAUAAAAAUUUAAAUUAAUAUUAAUCUGUUUGAAACUUCCAAUGAAUGUUAGGAUAAAAAGAGGAGGUCUGAUCACAUUUCACGGCCCGGGCCAGCUUGUUGUAUACCCAGUGAUGGAUCUCCGCGCUAAAGUAGAUGGCAAAAGCUUGGGCGUUCGAAGAUUUGUGGAAUGUCUGGAGCAAAGCGUCAUUGAUUUGUGCACAGACGAAUUCGGGAUCAAAUCAGUUGGAAGGACUUCUGAUCCUGGUAAGGCUCAAACUAUUAGGUGCCGACAAAAGUUUUCCGUUAAUUUUUGUUUUUACCAAAAUUUAAUAUUUAAAAAAAAACAACAACAACUAAUUAACAAUUAUAUGUACCAGUAUUACCAACGAUCUGUUGCCAACACUGAUGAUCUACCACCUCACGGUUCUUCGGACAUGUCAAAGUCACCGUUUUUGAACUUGCGGAACCAAGCUUUUGCAGUGUUGUGGGAGACAACCGAAGGCCCUACAUGCAUAUUUCCGUCGUUGCUCUUCUUGCGUUACCGUGCUCACGGAAUUUGAGAAGUAGCAUGGCCCGUAUAUGAUCAGGUUUUAGCUUGAUUUCUUCGACCAUUGUAAACAACAGAAAGCUUGAAAAUACAAAAGUUUUUAGUUCUUUUAUCUAGGUUAUCAACAGAAAGUUCUAGAACUGUCCAGAAUUCUUUAGUAAAUUUUAGAAAAAAUGGCGGAAAACUUUUGCCGGCACCUAAUAAUUCUGAAUUAAUAUUAUCAUGGGAAUUCAUAUUAAUGCUUUAAAUUUUUGGAGUUUUUAAAUAGUUCUUCUAUUACCUUGUAAAAACUUAUUUUUAAAAAAUUUUGAAUUUCGCGGAAUUUUUGUUGUAAUUUUGUUUUUUAGCGAAUCCAACUUUGUUUAUAUUCAAAAGAAACAAGAUCAAACUUAAAAUUAUCAAUAUAAAAUUAAAACUACAUCAAGAAUUAAAAUUACAUUGUUUGAGUUGCCACGCAGAAUGGUUGAUUACAUUUUGCAAGUAAUACCACUACAACCGCUAUAAGAGGAAUUACUGUUUCACCUGACUUCUAUUCUAGGCGUUUGGGUGCAGAACGACAGGAAAGUGGCAGCGAUAGGUGUUCAGGUCCGGCAUGGCAUCACAACUCAUGGGAUGGCAUUGAACUGUAACGUAGAUCUGCGAUGGUUCGACCACAUCGUACCUUGUGGACUGGCGGGUAAAACGGCCACCUCUUUGUCACACGAGUUGGACAGGAACGUUGAGGUAGAUGAUGUUAUGCGCCCACUCAUGGUGAUAUUCGAGCGUAUCUUUCAAACCAAAGUAUAUUGUGAAACAAUUGGGUUAUGA